AUGGGAGGCAAGAAGAAGGGUCCGACGACCGUGGACGCCCUCGGGAACACCGUAUCCGUCGCCGAGCUUCGGGCGCGCGCGGCGGACGAAGAAGCGCGCGCGGCCGCGAAGGCACGGCGCGAGGCCAAGGCGGCCGCCAACGCCGAUGCAUCAUCGGCGUCGCGCGGGGACGAGGACGGCGGGGGGGGCGACGCGCCCGUCUUCGCGUCGCUGGAGGAUCAGCUCCGCGCGAUGAUGAUCAAACGGAACGACGGCGCCAAGCUCACCGGUAAGGAGCGCAAGAUGCUCGCCAAGGCGGAGAAGGAGGGGCGCCUCCCUUCGCUCGAACCGCCCGAGGAUGGGGGCGCAUCGCGAAAGGGACCGCCCGCUCUGAGCGCCCCCGAGUCCUGGGCCAGGGCUCUCGAGGCCGUAAGCGUCCACGUGCGCGGAGGCGGGGGAAACGACGACGAUUUUAACGACGCGAACGCCACCGACGCGGUCGUCGACGUCAGCGGCAUGGACGUAUCCGUACGCGGCGUACGCCUGUUCGAGGAUGCGUCGUUCAAGAUCGCCAGGGGGCAGAAGCUCGCGCUCCUCGGCGCGAACGGCAGCGGCAAGUCGACGCUGGUCAGGCUCAUCGCGUCGGGCCGCAUCAGGGCGAGGGUACACGACGUGGCGUGCGUCGCGCAAGAGCUCGAGUCGGGCGAACGCUCGGCGCUCGACGCGCUCGUGUCGUGCGACGCUAGGGUCGAGGAACUGCUGAGGGAGGAGUCGGCGCUCAUCGACGCCAUGGAAGCCGCGGAAAACGCCUCGGAAAACGCCUGGGACGACGCGAAGUGGCGCGAAGCGUCGGUGAGACUGGGCGAGCUCGCGGAGGAGCUCGAGCGCCGCGACGCGUACGCCUCCGAGGCCAAGGCGCGACGCAUCCUCGCCGGCCUCGGCUUCUCCGACGAGCAAAUGUCCGGACCUUUGUCGAAACUCUCCGGGGGUUGGAGGAUGCGCGCGGCGCUGGCGCAGGCGCUGUUCGUCAAGCCCGGGCUCCUGCUUCUAGACGAGCCGACGAACCACCUGGAUCUGCCGGCGACGACGUGGCUGGCGUCGUAUUUGUCCGGUCCCGAGUGCGCGAAGACGUCUGUACUCGUCGUGAGCCACAGCGCGGAUUUCGUGUCCAGCGCGAAGUGCGGGGUUUUGCACCUGGACCACUUCGCCAAGAAGAUCACGUCACACAAAGGGGACGUGUGGGGGUUUUUGAACGGCGCGGACGCGAGGUACAAGGCGAGCGUCAAGGCGUACGAGUCGCAGCAGAAGGCGCUGAGGGAUAUGAAGAGCGGCAAAAACCCGGCGUCGAGCGAGCAGGCGACGAAGAAGUUGCUCAAGCAAACGCCGGGAAACCGGACCGAGUUGCUGGAGCGGCCGAGGGAGUACGCGGUGUCGUUCGCGUUCCCGGCGUCCACGGACGACCGACCGACGAUCGCGGUGCUCGACGCCGGGUACACCAUCCCGGGCCGCACGGAGCCCAUGUACGAAAACCUGCGCUUUUCCGUGCACUCCAAGUCGCGCGUCGCGUUGGUCGGGCCCAACGGAUGCGGCAAAUCGACGUUGCUGAGUCUCCUCACCGGAAGGCUCGAACCCACGGUCGGGGAGGUGCAGCGACCCCGCGGGCUGGUGAUCGGGCGGUAUGAUCAGCACUUCGACGAGCUCCUGCCUCUGGACGAUUUAAACUCGAGACUCUCCGCAGCCGCGCACCUGGUUAACACAUUCGGGGUCAAGGACCAGGACGCCCGCGCGCUCCUGGGCCGCGCCGGGCUGGAGAGCGGCGCGCACGUGAUUCCGCUGCGGUCGCUGUCGGGCGGGCAGAAAUCGAGGGUGGUGUUUGCCGCCCUCGCGGCGACAGAGGCAAACGUGUUAAUCCUGGACGAGCCGACCAACCACCUCGACAUCGAGAGCGUCGAGGCUCUCAUCGACGGUCUGAACCGAUUCGACGGGGGGAUCGUCGUGUCGACGCACGACGCGAGGCUGGUGGAGGGUUUGGACGAGUGCGAGGUUUGGGUCUGCGGCGAGGGCAAAGGGGGGCUGAGGGUUCUUCCCGAAAACGGAGGCUUUGGCAAAUAUCGCGACGCCGUCGCCGCCGAAGUCGAGGCGAGGGCUUCGCGAGCGGCGGCGGCGGCGAACGAACGAAGGCGCGUCGCCAAGGGCCGCGGCGAGAAGAGUCGCGACAGGUAG